AGGAGAGAACAGGACGUUGGUUGACAUCAGACUGAGACAGAGAGAAAAAAACACGAUAAAAAGUUGAAUAAAACUCAGUUUAGGGUGAGAACAGGAUCAGUUUUACAUUCAACAUGUUCCUGCUGGUGUUUGUAGUUCUUCUGGGGACAGUAGUGACGGUAAACAGCGAGAAACAUUCCCUCACGUACAUCUACACGGCCCUCUCCAAACCUGUGGGACUCCAGGGCAUCCACGAGUUCACAGCCAUGGGUCUGCUGGAUGGCAAGAUGAUCGACUACUACGACAGUGAGCAUCAGACCAAAGUUCCCAAACAGCCCUGGAUGGAAGAGCGACUUUCUAAAGAGUACUGGGACAAAGGAACACAGUCCCGCCGGAGCAAGCAGCAGUGGUUCAAGGUCAACAUCGACAUCCUGAUGAAACGGAUGAGACAGAAUGACACCGACGUCCAUGUUCUCCAGUGGAUGCACGGCUGUGAAGGUGAGGAAGGAGCUGACGGCUCUCUACAGUUCCAGCGUGGUAUGGACAUGUACAACUAUGAUGGAAACGACUUCCUGGCCUUCGAUGAUAUCCACUCAGUCUGGGUCGCCCCGACUGAUGCAGCUGUCCCCACCAAGAGGAAGUGGGACGAUGUCCAGGUCCUGAAAGAAUACACCAAAGGCUACCUGGAGAACGAGUGCAUGGACUGGCUGGGGAAGUUCAGGAGUUACGGCAAAAAUCAGACAAGAGAAGCCUCUCCUCCUGAAGUGUUCUUGUUUGCGAGAAACGCCAAAGUUGAGACCAACAUCAUCUUGAUGUGUCUGGCCACAGGCUUCUUCCCAAAAGACAUUGUCCUCAAUAUCAGGAGGAACGGCCGAAUUCUAACCAGAGAGGACGGAGUGGUGACCUCAGGAGUUCGUCCGAAUGAAGACGACACCUUCCAGAGAAGAGACUCUGUGGAGAUUAAAAAAUCAGACAAGUCUGAUUACACCUGUGAAAUAAUUCAUGCUGCAUCUGAUACGUAUGUGGAGAAUUCCUGGGAUCAUCAGCUUCCUCCCCCUGAUGGAGAUGGAGUCAACAUUGCUGUCAUCAUUGGUCCAGUAGUAGUAGUCCUGGUCCUGCUCCUGCUCCUGGUCCUGGCUGUGGUGUUGGUCGUACUGAAGAAAAAAGACAUCCUUGGAGGUUCUUCUGAAAAAGACAAAGUCAAGUACAAAGAAAGAGUGGAAAAGUUUUACUCUAACACAGAACCUUAUGAAAAGCCUACAUGCCAAUUCUCCCAGUAAUCGGAAGUCUCCAGAAAUACUUCAUCAGAUCCAUCAGUAGCAGGAGACUGAGACGAAAUACUUUCCAAUCUUCUUCAACGUGACAUUUGGAUGAACAUGUUUGAAUAAGGAGUGUCUCCUCAGAGCGAGCUGGAAGAAAUGACACUAAUACAGAGGUUGAGAAUCUGGAAGUUUAAUCAAGAUGUUACAACCAAACUGUUAAAUAUGUUAAAUGUUUAUUUCUGAUUCGACUAAAGCUCAGGGUGCAGAAACAUUGAGUUAUCAGGAACAGUAUGUAGAUGUAGGGCAACAACAAACCAUUAUUUGUUCUUAUUACUUUUUCAAUGAAUGCAUGAACUACUGUGGUUUAGUGGUUAGCUACUAAAACACAACAGAACUUAUUAUAAUAAAUGUGAGUCAAGAAUAAUGAUGAGACACAGAUGAUCCCAGUAAAUAUCAAAGAAAAUCCGUUAGUGAGAGACCAGUCAGCUAAAGUUCAGAUUUAUUGAGUUUAAUGAGGAAACAGUGUUGUUAUGUCGUGGGUUUGUUCCUUUAACUACUUCUAUAAUAUCCAGUGAGUCUUUGGGUUAAAGGUCUGUUCAUAGUCCAUCAUUCUUAGGUUACUCUGUAUCUCUAUCAAUUAUAAAACAAUUAGUGGGUAUUUAAUAUGAUCUAAGCAGUUAUUAAAAUGAUCAUUAUAAGAGUCAUGAUUUUACUCAUGAUUUUUAGGUGUUUGUCUCUGUUUUAUUUCCAUCCUGGACUUUAUCUGUUUUUGUAUUAAUGUUUUUUGGUGAAUUUUACUGUUUUUACUUCUUAUUUAAACUGUUGUUUUGAAAGUUGGUGAGAAUCAAUAUUUUUUGAUUCCUUAUGAUUUUACUCCACUGUGUGUUUUAAUUUCAGAUUAGGAAUUAUCAUCAGAUGUAAUCAGUGAAUUAACUCUGAUAUUAUAUGAACCAAACAUGUCGUUACUUUGGAUGGAAUUAUUUGUUGGUUUAGUCUGUACAGACCCUUGCAUAAAGACAUAUGUAUACAAACCAUUUAUACACAACUACCUAUAUCUAUACACAUGUGUGUACAUAUAAUGAAGUAUUUUGUUCAAUGUCUUUAUGCCAUAAAACGUGUGUUUCCAGACCAUAGAUCUGGAGCUGCCUGCAGAGAGUGGAAUAUAGCCUCAACACUGUAAAUGUUUGCUUUUAUUGUUGUAUAUUAUCGAGUCAUUUUAUUUCUCAGUGAUAAAAAUGAAUAAAUCUCCCGCAUUACUUUC